UGUACUUUCUGCAGCUUUCAAGUUUCAACUGUUGAAUGAUGGAUGUUGAGGCUUCUGAUACGCGGAAAACAUGUGGUGGUGAUGACAAUGUGAAGAAGGAACAUGCUUCUUGUCAAGACUUUGAUUCAAGUUUGAGAACAUGUAGUAGUAAAUGUGAUACUUAUGCACUGCCAGUUAAGAGGCUGUUUGAGAACAGCAAUUCCUUGGAUGUUUCUGUUAAGAAAUCAAAGGCGUCGCCGUAUGAUGAUCAGGGAAAAGAUGGAGAUGGUAUUCCGCCGACAAGUACAACUAAAAAGCCAAGCAAAUCAGCUGAUGAAUCAUUUUCCUCGCUGAUGAAAGAACUUCAAUUGGUACAAAAAUCGUUUAAGAAAUGCAUAAGGAAGAGGCAAGUGGAAAAAGGGAGAUUGCAGUCCAUCCAGAAAGAUAUUGAAGAAUGCUGCAAAGAGCUUGAAGAUAAGAACAAGCUAGUUAGUUGUGUUAAUGAAAUUCACAACAAAAUGCAGCGAAAAGUUGAAAUGAAGGAAGAGGAACUCAGGACUCUUUCCCUAAAAGUUACUGAAUGUACUUUGGUACUUAAGACCAAAGAGGAAGAUCUUGAUGCAGUGAACAAAUUAAUUAGUGAAGAAACAGAAAUAUUAGAGUCAACAAGGAAGAAGUCAAUAAAUAUAAUAUCAGAAAUGAAGAAUAGCUGUGCUCUAAUGAAGGAAUUUGAGUCAAAGCAGAAGCAAUUUAAAGUCCGGGUUAAGGAACUUGAGUCAAAAGAGAAGCAGUAUGAAGGACGAGUGGAGGAGCUUCAGUCAAAGGAGAAGCACUUUGAGGAACGGGUAACGGAGCUGGAGUCAAGAGAGAAGCAGCUUGAAGUCCAUGCGAAAGAAUUUGAAUCAAAAAAGAAACAAUUUGAAGGCCAAAUGAUGGACUUGCUAUCAAAAGAGAAGCAUGUCGAAAACCAAAUGUAGGAGCUUGAGUCAAAAGAGGAGGAAUUUGAAGAACAAUUUAAAUCGAAGGAGAAACAACUCGAAUCAAAAAAUAAGCAUUUUGAAAGACAAGUUGAGGACUUCAAAUCAAAACAGAAACAAUUUGAAGGACGGUGGAAUGAACUGGAGACGAAAGAGUAUAAGCUCAAAGUAAAUGAGAAGGAGCUCAACUUAAAAGAAAAGCAAUUUGAAGGACAAGUCAAGGAUCCUAAGUCAAAGAUGAAUAAAUUUGAUGGACAACUAAAGGAGCCUGAGUCAAGGAAAAAAUAUAUUGAUGAGGAAAAAGAAUCCGUUGCAUCUUACAUGCAUGAUCAAUCUAGUCGUGCCUUUGGUGGAACAAGUCUGCAGUUGGGCACAAGCGAGAAAACUGACGGAGUUCAAUCUCUUUACAAUGGUAUUUUAGUUAAUCUGCAAGAAUCAGCAGAUUUUGUUGAGCAUCUUAUCAACAGGAACCAAACUGUUGCAGCUGUUAAAUUCAGUUUUGCAUAUGACUUGGAUGACAAGGAUCAUUUAGUUGAUAUGUUGCGAAAAUACGUCAAAAAUGCCAAACUGAUUUGUGAGAGCAGUUGCAAGAAAUCAAACUCCAUUGGAAUCAAGGAUAAGGCCAGAGAUGAAGAAAUUGCUAGUCUUGGGACUGUUCUGCAAUGCAUUUCUGACAGCAACCUUGAAUCUACGGGUCUGCUUCAUGCGGAUAUUGAAUAUCGCAUUCUUGAGCUAAAAGCACAUAAAGGCUAUUAGUUUUUGGACUGGAACAAGCUAAUGUAAACAAAUGCCAUAAUGGAAAUGUGCUAACUUAAUUUGAUUUAAUUGGCUUUGACGCAACUCUUUCUCUUUCUUAU